AUGCCUCAAAGGUUCUUCUUGGCUCUUAGUCUCAUUUUGAUGGCACUUUGUGUCACUGGCUUUGCGCCACAACAUUCCUCGUCUACUACUACUACUACUACUACUACUCCUACCACCCACCAACCACAAUCCAGCAGACUGUACGCAGCGGACGCAUCCUCCUCGCAAGAGACAGCGGCCGCAUUGACGGCUUACAUGGCCAAGGCGCACGAAGAAAAGGUUGCUGCCAUGGCCCGCGUGGAAGCCCAAUACAAGGACGAAAUUGAAGCCUUGAAAGCCCAAGUGGCGGAAUUGCAAGGUCCAACCACUGCCGCGCCCUCUUCCAACAACUCCUUUGCCUUUCCUGCCACCAAUCGAGGCCUAGCCGAAAAGGUCGUCUCGUAUCAAAGGUUCAUUUCCAAAUAUAUUAUCAAAACGCAAGCUGAAAAGCAAAAGGCCGUAAAAGAAGCGGAACAAGCAACGGCUGCCAAGUACGAAGCCAAGAUUGAAGCGAUGUCCUCGGCGGCACCUGUCGAGAGUACACUGCAAUAG